UUUCUUCACUGUCUCUCAAAUUCUCAAAUAUUCUAUACUUUCAAUUCUCUUCAUUGUUAAAUUUUUUUGAAUCUCUUUUCUUCAUCUUUCUACCAUGGCUACCUACACCGUUGUUUUCAUGCUAGUUGCUACAUUGUUGGUGAGUUCCACCAUUGCUCAAUCUCCAGCAUCAUCUCCUACCAAAUCCCCUGUUGCCACUUCACCCAAGUCUUCUUCGCCUUCUCAAUCUCCAGCGGUUUCUCCCUCCGCUAACUCACCGGCGGCAUUUCCUCCUGUACCUGUGAAGAACGCUUCAUCUCCUUCACCAUCCACCAUCAGCUCUCCACCGUCUCCUUCUUCCCCUUCCCCUGCUACUCCCUCCACUGCUCCUGCUGUCACUCCAUCAGCGAUCUCUAAUCCUCCAUCUGAAGCACAAUCACCUUCCGGAAACGGCGCUGCUUUGAACAGAUUCACGGUCGCCGGAUCUGCCGCUGUUGUGAUUUUCGCCGCUGUUUUGAUGAUGUAGAGAGCUACUUGCUUUUUAAUUUGAUCUAUUUUGUUUUCAAUCACGAAUAUACAUUGAUCGUGAAUUUUUUA